GUGAGUAGAAAUAAAAGCUCCUUGUCCUCUACUUCAUCCCUAGGAUUCGGUCAUCACUAAGCAUCAAUCACCAGUUUAUUGGCUGAGGGAAUGUAACCGUUGUCCUGUCUUUGUUGCCCAGGACUCUGUCUUUAGUAGAAAAGUAAAUAACGAAGCCACUGUUCCUGACCAGAUCCUGACCAAAAGAUGGAGAUUUCAGCUACCACAGAAGCCUACGAUCCAACCACAGAAUACGACUACGGGGGCUCCACGCCAUGCCAAAAGGCUGACAUAAGAGCCUUUGGGUCUGGACUUCUGCCUCCCCUGUACUCCCUGGUGUUCAUCGUUGGCGUGAUAGGCAACGUCCUGGUGGUUCUGGUGCUCAUGCAGCACAGGAGGCUUCAGAGCAUGACCAGCAUCUACCUGCUCAACCUGGCCAUCUCUGACCUGGUCUUCCUUGUCACUCUGCCUUUCUGGAUUGACUACAAGCUGAAAGAUGACUGGGUUUUUGGUGACGCCAUGUGUAAGCUCCUCUCUGGGUUUUAUUACCUGGGCUUGUACAGUGAGAUCUUCUUCAUCAUCCUGCUGACAGUCGACAGGUACCUGGCCAUCGUCCACGCAGUGUUUGCCCUGAGGGCCCGGACCGUCACUUUUGGCAUCAUCACCAGUGUUAUUACCUGGGUCCUAGCCAUCUUAGCCUCUAUUCCUGGCUUAUACUUUUUCAAGGCCCAGUGGGAGUUCACUCACCACACCUGUAGCCCUCACUUCCCCUAUGAGAGCUUGAAGCAGUGGAAGCGGUUUCAGGCUCUGAAGAUGAACUUCCUUGGGCUAAUUUUGCCCCUGGUCGUCAUGGUCAUCUGCUAUGCAGGGAUCAUCAGCAUUCUGCUCAGACGGCCCAGCGAGAAGAAGGCCAAAGCCGUGCGUCUGAUAUUCGCCAUUACACUUCUAUUCUUCCUCCUCUGGACCCCCUACAAUCUGACUGUGUUUGUCUCUGCUUUCCAAGAUGUUUUUUUCACCAAUCCGUGUGAGCAGAGCAAACAGCUGGAUCUGGCCACGCAGGUGACUGAGGUGAUCGCCUAUACCCACUGCUGUGUCAACCCAAUCAUUUAUGUCUUUGUGGGUGAGCGGUUCCGGAAGUACCUCCGGCAGCUGUUUCAAAGGCAUGUGGCUGUAUCUCUGGCAAAAUGGCUGCCCUUCCUCUCUGUGGAUCAAUUAGAAAGAGCCAGCUCCGUGUCUCCAUCCACAGGAGAACAUGAGCUCUCUGCUGGCUUCUGAUUCAGAUCCCUCGGUGUCAGCCAGGGUCUGGGAGGAGUGAGGAGAUAGCUCAUAGCUCUCCAAGACGGAGACUGACAGCUGCCCCAGGGAGCAUCCACAAUCUUGUAGGGUCAGAGGGAACUUGGAGGUAGCUUAGGUAUAAGUCACCUCUUUAGUGCUUUCCUUGGACUUUUCUCUGCUGAAAAGGAGAUGAAUGAACAAAUGGGACAUUCCAGAGACUGGGAAAUGGGUGCCAGUGAAUAGCUUGAGCCCAACAAGAGGUAGGAUCUGUGGUCAUUAACAACAAAGCCACUACUUUUACUAAACCACACUCUUGAUGAUAUGAUAUUCUGAGAAAAUUUUAAGCUAUUGGAAUAAAGAAGAAUU